CAGAAGCCGGCUGGCCAGCACAGAAGAGACCAUGAGUGGCAGGGUGGGAGAUCUGAGCCCCAGGCAGGCAGAGGCAUUAGGCAAGGUUUGGCAUGUCUGUGCCUGGCCCAGUGACUGAAUCCUCCCUCACACCAAGAGUUCCGUGAGAACCUCCAGGACGUGCUGCCCUCCCUUCCCAAUCAUGACGACUACUUCCUCUUGCGCUGGCUCAGAGCUCGAUGUUUCGACCUGCAGAAAUCCGAGGCCAUGAUCCGCAAGUAUGUUGAGGUUCGGAAGCACAUGGAUGCUGACAACAUCAUCAACUGGCGCCCCCCGGAGGUGAUUCAGAAGUACAUGUCUGGGGGGAUGUGUGGGUAUGACUGGGAUGGCUGCCCCAUCUGGUACGAGAUCAUUGGGCCCCUUGACGCCAAAGGCAUCCUCUUAUCAGCCUCCAAACAAGAUCUGCUCAAAAACAAGUACCGUGACUGUGAAAUGCUGCUUCAGGAGUGUGACAAGCAGACCCAGAAGCUGGGGAAGAGGGUUGAGAUGGUUAUGAUGAUCUAUGACUGUGAGGGGCUGGGCCUGAAGCAUCUUUCGAAGCCAGCCGUGGAGGCGUAUGGAGAGCUUCUGUCCAUGUUUGAGGAGAACUAUCCCGAGACCCUGAAGCGCCUGUUUGUAAUUAAAGCUCCCAAGCUCUUCCCUGUGGCCUACAACCUCAUCAAGCACUUCCUGAGCGAAGACACCCGUAAGAAGAUUGUCGUCCUGGGAGCAAACUGGAAGGAGGUCUUGCAGAAGUACAUCGCCCCCGAGGAGAUCCCUGUGGUGUAUGGGGGAACCCUCCGGGACCCAGAUGGGAACCCCAAGUGUGUGACCAAGAUUAACUACGGCGGUGACAUCCCCAAGAAGUACUAUGUGCGGGACCAGCUGAAACAGCAGUAUGAGCACUUAGUGGUAGUGAACCGGGGCUCCUCCCACCAGGUGGAGUAUGAGAUCCUCUUCCCAGGCUGCGUCCUCAGGUGGCAGUUCAUGUCCGAAGGGGCUGACGUGGGCUUUGGGGUCUAUCUGAAGACUAGAAUUGGGGAGCGGCAGCGAGCUGGUGAGAUGAUGGAGGUGCUUCCAAACCAACGCUACAAUGCCCACCUGGUGCCUGAGGACGGUUCCCUCACCUGUUCUGUGGCCGGCAUCUAUGUUCUGCGGUUUGACAACACUUACAGCUACCUCCAUGCCAAGAAGGUCAGCUACACAGUGGAGGUUCUGCUGCCAGACAAGAAGUCAGAGGAGCAGAUCCAGCAACUGGAAGAGACCAUGAAUGAGUUGGACCUCAACAAUGCCCACCAGUGAUGGCUCUUAGAGCUCCCUCAUCGUCUGACCCCCACCGCCAGCCCCACUCCCAUCUCUCUCUGCACAAGCAAACCCAGGGCUUCCCCCAGACCCACCCAGCCAUGGGGAAGUGAAAGAGGAACCAUUCUCUAGAGAACCUCUGCUAGUUGCCAUUAGAACAUUCAGGCACCUUCUCUGGAGUGAUCUUUUGGGCAUUCCCUCAUCCUGGACUGCCUGCAGAGGGGGUGUUUGUAGGCAGGGGCAGGGAUGCUGCAGAGUGGAAGGUUUCCAUCUCUUCCUUGCAGCUACCUAGAAUGAACAUAGCUGAGCUGGGAAGUCAGCGUCUGGGAUCUAGCAAUCUGUGCCCAGACAUGCACCAGUUCAGGUUGCCAAUCUAGCCAGCAUCUGCCAGGUUAAUCUGUCCCUGAUCUGAACUCUGGGCUUUAAGCACCUGGGGUUAGGGGAGGGUCAUGGGGUGUUCAGGAGGGAAACUCCUUCUAUUAUCAGUAGGUUUGUCCUCGACAUGGGCUGAGCUGAAAACAUGGGGGGAAAGGGGCCCUUCUUGGCACUUCUAUAGCACAAUGAGGUGCAACAGCUGAGAGCCCAAGUCUUAGGGUGGUAGCAGCUGGUGUUGGUGGCAAGGCCCUGGCCAUCCAGGCGGGCAGAGUGCCCCUUCUUCCCCACCCUUCCAAAAACCUCCCCAGCACUUGUCUGUAUAAUUCAGUGCCUUGCUCAUUAACAUUCACACCUAACAAAGGGCUGGAGUUUCCCUGGGCCCAGUGGAUCCAGGCUCCACAGUCCCAGGGGGCAUCGAUAUCCAUAGCACCAUAGUGAGGCUUGCACUGGGCUCCCAUGGCCCCCCAGUAUGCCCUAGAGGGGCAGGGAU